GACACCGUUUCAAUACAGUACCUACGCACAAUCAAGAGCUAGCAAUUGGUACACAGGACGUCUUCAAAAUGGCCACCACAUCAGCACAUAAGACACAAGACGAGAAGUUCAGCAGCCUCGGCUUCUCGAAAGCGAUUGUCAACAAAGAGCAGGUAUGCUCUUACAGUCGCGCCUUAGGCACUGUCAGCGAGAAGAACCCGAUCCUGGUCUUGAUCCAUGGCUAUCCGCAGAGCUCGUACAUGUGGCGCCACUUUAUUCCUCUUCUCCCAGAAAACGCGCCCAUCUUCACGCCAGAUCUGCCAGGCUACGGUGCUAGUGCUGCUAUUGAAAAGCACGAUAAGCUAACCGUUGGAAACGCCAUCCUCUCCAGCCUGAGAACCGAGGUAAAGCGGACCUCCUCCAACCCGCCAACAGGCGACAUCCCCAUUGUGCUAAUUGGCCAUGACCGCGGUGCCCGAGUGUCGCAUCGGCUUGCUGUCAGCGGUGCAGAAGGCUUCGAUAUCAAGGGCGUGUGUCUGAUUGACAUUGUCCCCACGUCCACUCAAUGGCAAAACCUAUCCUCGCCCUCCGUAGCCGCAAAAAACAUCACCGGCUACUUCCAUUGGCCGCUCCUGGCACACGUCGACCUUGCAACACGCAUGAUCAAAGCCUUCGGACCCGCCGAAUUUCUUGAGGAGAUGCUGAAGGGCUGGUCCGGCACCAAUGCUACCGGGCAACAGGUCUUCAGAGCUGAUGAUGCGCCGAAAGUGUACAGUGAGUUCUUUGCGCAGGAUCAUGUGCUCAAGGCGAGUUGUGAGGACUAUCAGCAUGGGGCGACGACGGAUAUCGAAGUGCAGGAGAAGGAUCAGGAGGAUGGGAGGAAGAUCGGUGUCCCGUUGUUUCUACUGUAUAGUGCGGGUUAUAUUGGGAGUCGGUAUCAGUUCCCGGAUGUGUGGAGGGAUUGGGUGAGCGAGGGUGUUGAUAUCCAGCAUUACGGAUUGGGUGACAACAUUGGGCACUUCGGAGCGGAAGAGGCGCCUGAGGAGAGUGCAAGGGUCGUUGGCAAGUGGCUGGAGGGUUUGAAGGCCUAAAUGUAGACUUAGAUCCUGUUGCCGCUCGUCUUCGAGAUGUACUGACCGCCUUCACAACAGUGAAUGAGAAGCAACGAGGAACAUAACGAAAGCAC